CUUGGGGUGAUAAACAAGUAAAUCCGUGGAGGGAUUGAUCUUGUGGUGGCCGCCCGUGUCACGCACAUCACCUUUCUCAUUUGCAAACUUCCCUGCAUCCCCCCACCCGCCACCACCAUGAAAAUCUCCUUCUUCUCCGUCCGCAAGUACGACAAGGAGUCCAUCAUCGCCAUGCACGAGACCCUCGGACUCAAGCACGAGCUGCAAUUCUUUUCCCAUCGCCUCAAGCCCGAGACCGCCUUGUUGGCUGAUGGCAGCGACGCCGUCGUAAUCUUCGUCAACGACACGGCCAACGAAGCCGUGAUCCGCAAGCUGGCGUCGCUUGGGGUGAAGGCACUGCUCCUCCGAUGCGCUGGUUUCGACAUGGUAGACCUGCCAACGGCCAAGGAGGUCGGUCUGCCCGUCCUUCGCGUCCCCGCGUACUCGCCGUACGCUGUCGCAGAACACGCGGCGGGCUUGAUGAUGACGCUGAACCGCAAGUACCACCGCGCGUACAACCGCACCCGCGAAUUCAACUUCAACCUCCAAGGCUUGCUCGGGUUUGACCUGCACGGCAAGACUGUGGGAGUCAUUGGCACUGGCAAAAUCGGCGUCCUCUUUGGCAAGAUUUGUCUGGGCUUUGGGUGCAAUGUCAUUGCCCACGACGUGUACGAGAGCGACGAAGCCAAGGCCCUUGGCAUUAAGUACGUCACGUUGGACCAGUUGCUGGAAACGUCCGACAUCAUUUCGCUCCACUGCCCCCUCUUCCCCACCACCAAGUACAUGAUCAACGAGUACACAAUUCGCCAAAUGAAGAAAGGUGUGAUGCUCAUCAACACGAGCCGCGGCGGUCUCUUGAACACGACGGCGAUCCUCCAAGGCCUCAAGACGGGUCAUAUUGGAUCGUUGGCACUCGAUGUGUUUGAAGGCGAGAACGACAUCUUUUACGAAGACCAUUCGGGGGAAAUCCUAGCGGACGAACAGUUUACCAAGCUGUUUACGUUCCCGAACGUGCUGAUCACGGGCCACCAAGCGUACUUUACCAAGGAAGCGCUCGACAACAUUGCCAAGACCACGUUCGACAACGCCGAAGCCGUCUUGACCAACGGGCCGUAUGUGAACGAAGUCAAAAAGUAGAAGCCAUUCCUUGUCGCUUUGCUUAGUAAUUUUAAUACCGAGAGUCGUCGUACAUUUUGAAA